AUGAGUGAAAUAGUUGCAUCUAUUAAACACUAUUCCAGUACUAAUGAUAUUAAUGGAUUAAAUAACUAUGUUCAAAAAAUUUGUGGUGACAAAACAAUGAGUAAAGCAAAAAUAGUUAAAACUUUAUUUGAAAUUCUUGAUACACUUUCUGGAAUACCAAACUCAUCUCAUUUACUUAUUUCUGUUUGUGAACAAACAAUUGAAUGGGCUAAAGUUUCAAAUAGAACUUAUUUAAGACAAAAGUUAGAACAACGACUUGCUCAAUAUUAUUAUGAAAAUGGACAAUGCAGUAAAGCAUUACCAUUAAUUACUGAAUUAUUAAAAAAUGCAAAAAGAACAGAUGAUAAAGUUCUUGCUGUUGAAUUACAAUUAUUAGAAGCUAAAGUUCAUAGAAAAGUGAAAAAUUUAACUAAGGCACGUGGUGCUAUGACAGGUGCUCGUGUUGAUGCUAAUUCAAUUUAUAUUAAUCCAACACUUCAAGGAGAAUUAGAUAUUUGUAGUGGAUUUAUUAAUGGAGAAGAACAUGACUAUAUUACUGCAGCAAGUUAUUUCUAUGAAGCAUUUGAAAAUUAUCAUUCAUUAUCAUUAAAAACACAAACAAUUUCAGCACUUAAAUACCUUAUUUUAAUGAAAUUAAUGCAAAAAAAAAUUAAUGAAAUUGACUCUGUUCUUUCAAGUAAAAAUGCUAUUGGAUAUUCUGAUGAUAUUGAAAUUGUUUCUAUUAAAGAAGUGUCUAAAGCAUUUAAUGCUCGUAGUAUUGAAAUGUAUGAUGAAAUAUCAAAGAAAUUUAAUAAUCAAUUAUUUGGAGAUGAAUUUGUUAAAGAAAACCUUACUAUUCUUUAUGAUGCAUUAGUUCAAGAAAAUAUUGCUCGUGUACUUGAACCAUAUUCUUCAAUUGAAUUAUCUCAUGUUUCUAAAUUAGUUGGAAUGGAAGUUCAUGCUGUAGAAAAAGUUAUUAGUAUUAUGAUUCUUGAAGAAAAGAUUAAUGGUAUCAUUGAUCAGAAUAAUGGUAUUCUUAUACUUUAUGAUGAUAUUACAUCAAAUAAAAUACUUUCUAAUGGUAUUACUCUUAUUGAAGAAUUAAGUAAGGCUAUUGACUCUCUUAAUGACAAAGCAAUUAAAGUGAUUCAAGAAACUACCCUUUCAACUCAGCUUUAAGUCAGCAUUUUUUGUU